AUGUCAACACAUCUUUCCAAUCCACAUAAUAAAGGUGGAAAUAAAAAUCGUGGUUCAAGAAAAAAUACUUACCGUGGACCUCAUGUGAAUAGUGGAAAUUAUAUAAAUCACACUGAAAAUAAUUAUACUUCCAACUCGCAGCAUAUUACUCAACCAGAGGUUCAAUUUGCUACUCCUCAGUUGCUUAAUGUUAGUUAUAGUGCUCCAGAGCAUCAUCCACAACCACAAAUGCAACAUACACAUCAUAAUGUUGCAGGACAAGUUGAUCAACCAACAAAUUUAAUACAUACACAAGUUACAACAAUGCCAUAUUUUAAUGGUCAUCAAGCACCAAUGGGAUAUGUUCAGCCAACUGCUCCAAUUCCCCUUCCAGUGUUUCAUCCUAACGCAAUUUCUUAUAGUCAACCGGGACAAGUUCCACAAAAUUAUCCUCCUGCUAUUGAAAGUUAUCAAGUUCCACAGCCAGUAAAUUAUCGUCCUAUACCUGCUCCAGUUCCUGGCAGUACUGAAUUUGAACUUGUAGAAUGCAAAAAACCUGCUGUCAUUCAGAAGAAAGAAAAAAGAAUUUUAAGUGUUUGUGAUCCUGAGACGAAAAAAUCAAUAUUUGAUGAAGGAGCAAGUAAUUUAAAUAAAGACAUAUCUUCUAAAGAAUCUACGCCUUCUGAAGUAACUCUUCAUAAGUCAGCAUCAGGUUCUUCCGUAAAACAGCACUUAGUUAUUGAGAAAGCACCUUCGAUAAGGUCAAGGCAAAAUUCUGAAAGAGUAUCAGAAUUAGGAGGUAACAAUAAUGAGGGUUCUAAUUGGAUCAAGGAAGAAUUUAAACGACAAAUAGCAGAGAGAGCAGUUGGAUCAUCUACUGAAGCUGCUUUAGGAGAUAAAAUUAAACCAGAAGAUGAAACUGUUAAAGAUGAAAGAGAUCCAAUAAAUAAUAUAAUUUCUCAGGCAGAGAUACUGGCUAAUACUAUUAGCGAAUCGAUAGAAAAAUUGGAACUUGAAGCUCCAUCAAAAGAAGUCAUUGAUGGUCAAAAGGAGGAAGAAGUUAAAACUGAAAGCAAAAAUGAAACAGAUACUUCUGGAAACUUGAUUACAUCAUCUAGUACUUUAGUAAAGGGUACGUCAAAAGAUCAAGUCCAAAAAAAGUUAUCAUUUGCCUCAGAACAACCAAAAAUAGAGAAAAAGGCUGACAAAGAAACUUACUUAGAAAUUGAAGCUGAUAUGAAACGGUCAAUGGAAGAUCCUAAAUUUGAUAUUGAAAAUUGUGUUUAUCCAAAGAACUUUAUACGAACAUACAGACUUGCUGUGUCAUUAUUUAAGAUAGCAUCAAAUCCUGUUAGUGAUGAGAUAAAAGCUCUCCUAUAUUAUGAUAAGAGUAGUAUAUCAACAUCAAUGAAAGGUCGGAGAAAUGAUAAUCAGUUUCAACCACCAUGGAGUAAAACAGUUAAUGAUCAGGGUAGAAAAAGUUAUGGUGGUAGGAAUAGUCAUGGUCAUAGCAGUGAUAGGAGGAAAAAUAGAAAUAAUGCUGUUGCAAGGCCUUCAAUUGAGCGAUCAAGAGCAAAUGUUCAAUUGCAUAGAUCAGAAAAUGCUUGGAAACCUUCUGCUUGUAGUGAUGACAUAAAUUCUAAAUUAUUAAAAGAAGUACGCGGUAUUCUUAAUAAAAUUACACCAACUAAUUUUGAAGCAUUAAUGACAGAAUUUUUACAAUUUAGACUCUUUGAAAAGAAAGAGAUAUUGCAAGAUGUAAUUGAUCUUAUAUUUGCUAAGGCUGUUGAGGAGCCAAGAUUUUGUUCUAUUUAUAGUGAUUUGUAUAAUGCCCAAGUAAAUGAUGAAAAGAAACAAACAAGUAGUGUAAAAAGCUCUUUUGGUACUGCAUUAAUUCAAAAAUGUCAAGUUACUUUUGAGAAAAAAGAUUUUCCUUUCUCAAAGGAGAUGGAACAAAUUAAUGAAGAAUUAAAAAGUGAAACAGAUGAAGAAAAAAUUAAAGAGAAAACUGAUAGGCUAGCUGAGUUGGUAGAAAAGGAAAAACGCUUCACUUUUGGUACAAUUCGUUUUAUUGCUCACCUGUACCGUCAUGAUCUUCUAGUAACAAAAAUCAUCUCCUAUUGUGUAACAUAUUUAUUAAAUAUGUUCCAAAAUGAAAACAAUGAAAAAGCUCUGGAACAGGCAGUAUUAUUAUUUGAAACUGUCGGAAAACAUUGGAGUGGAUUACCACGCAACAGUGAAAAUAAUUCAGAUAUUGGUAUGUCAUUACAACAUUUUAAAAAAUAUCUGCCCAAUAAUGAAUCAAACCCUUACAAUCUUUCAAAACGUAUGCAAUUUAUGAUUGAAAAUUUAAUUGAAACUAGUGAAAAUAAUUGGGUUGCUAAAAACUCUAGGAUGCGUGAUGGUCCUAAAAAAAUUGAUGAGGUUCAUGAAGAAAUUAAAAAUGAAGAAAUGCAAAAUGCUUAUCUUCGUGAUCAAUAUUCUAAGGAGAAAGACAAUGAGUCUAGCAAAAGAAAGCCUUACAGUGGAACCAAUUCGGUUGACAAAAGAUAUAACUUAUCUAAAAAUUCUUCAAUUAAUAGAAAAAAUACGGAUCUUCGCGAUAGUGGACAUUAUACUCUUAAAACGCAAGCUAAGAGUUUUGCUGAUGGUUGCAAUCCAAAAGAUACUAAAACUAUUAAUGAAAAAAGUGGAACUAUUCCAAGAAGCAAAAAAAGUGAUGGUGGUAGAAAAGAUGGAAAUAGUAGUAAGAGACAAGCAUCACCACAAUGGAGUCGUCCAUCUACAAAUUCUAGAAAAAGCACAAAGGCUGUUGAAUGUUUUGAUGAUGACUUUUAUAAUGAUCAAACUCCUGAAGUUACAAUAGUAGAUGUAAAAUAUAAUAAAGAUGAACUCAAUAAACAGUUAAAACAAUUAGCUAAUGAUCAUGGUCAACCAGAUAAAAUUGCUGAACUUAAAGAUAUGAUUGAAAGGUAUUUAAAUGAAGAAAACUGUUGUGAAGUUGUUGAGACUAUUAUGUUAUUUGUAUUUUAUGAUAUCAAUAAAGUUAGAAGUACCAUUGAAAGAGCAACUAUUGGUAGAUUGAUAGGAUGUUUGUUAAGUGGUCCAAAAAAUGCAGAAGUCCUUCAUGGCCUUGUGAGUUUAUGUGAACAUUUUGAUGAUUUUGGUGUUACAUCUGACUGUCCACGUGCCUGGAUAUACUUUGGAGAGCUAUUAGCUAAUGCUAUUAUUUAUGAUACUUCUACAAAUGUUUCCAGUGAAAAGUUAACAUUAGAUAAAUUGGAUAGGAUUUUUUCAGCUGCAGAGCCAAAAGAAACUAAAGAUGAAUUUUUAUUUGCCUUCUUAAAAAGCACAAUUACAGAAGAAAAUUUAUUAGAACCAAUAGAGGAUAAUGAAAAGCGUGAUGAAUUUAUAAAGUCGUUAGUGAUAUCUAUAAACAAAAUGAAAUUAACUGAUACUGGAAUAAUAAGUGAAAAAAUGGAAGAAAAAUUAAAAAAUGUUUCAUCGAAAAGAGAUAAUAAAAACUUAUUGGAAGUGAUCAAAGGGUAUGAAACAUUACCAUUUCUAUCAUCAGAAGGUACCAAUUCUUUAUUACAAUUUGGAAAAGCUAAAAAAGUUGAAGAUUUUGGAGAACCAACAAUUAAUGUUGAUUUGGAAUUAAAUAAAAAAAAUGCAGAGAUACCUGUAAAAGUUUUACCAAAAGGUAUAUAUACAUAUUCAGAUACUCAAAGAGAUUUUAAUUCUAAUUUCAAGCUACCUGAUAUUAAUAAUCCAAUUGACAUCAGUGGUUUUAUGAAAAGUAAAAAUAAUUAUAUAAAUGGAUUAUAUCUUCCAAUGCCAUUUGGAAUGGAACCAGUUAAUGUACAAUUUUUUCGAGAAAAUGAACAAGAAAAUGCCAUUGAAGGAGCAUUUAGUACAGAAGGUAAAAUUAUAAAAGCCAAAGAGAAAGCCAAAGUUAUUUGUAAUAAAGGACCAACAAAAGAAUGUGAUGAAGCUUUAGAAGAAUACUAUAUUUUGAUGUCAGAUAAUGUUAAUGAGAAAGAUGCACCAUUAUUUGAAAAACUUGUAAAAUUAACAGACUCAAUAGGGAGUGCUGGAUAUAGAGAUAAUAAGAAAAAAGGAUUAGGAGUAUUAUUAGGUUUACCAGGAAUGGAAGAUCCUGUAUAUUGGAAGGCACGAUUUGACAAUUUCAAUGAUAAUUCCAUAUUUCUUAAUGCAAAUAUGCCAAAUUCUUGCAACGCAACAAUUGGAAAUGUAUUUAUAAGAAUUUUAAUUAUGAUUGAAUCUAGGCAAACAAUUUCAAAUGAAAAUCUUCAAUUUUUUAAAGAACUUUCAAAAAAUCAAAAUUUAGGAAUUGUUGGAGGAUCUGAUUUUGGAAAAAUUUGUGAACAAAUGGGUCUAUCUGAGGAGGAUUUAUGUUCUACAUUUUCAUACGUUUUUGCUGAGAAUGGUUUAGAUGGAAAAAUUAAUGGAAAACAAAUUCAGAAACAAUCUAUUCUUAAAUUCUUAGGAGAUUCUAAAUACCAAAUUUUAAUAAAUUAUAUUUUUAAAUUAUUUUCAGAAAUUGAUAUUCCUAAAAAAAGAGGAAAUUUUGUGGAGUUAAGAAAUGGAAUGAUAAAUAUUUCUCCUAUUGGUCGUAGUUGUACUCAAGAGGAAAGAAUUGAAUUUUUUUUAUAUGAUCAACAACAUAAUGUUAGAAGAGAAAUUGUAGAAAAAUUAAAAGAAAAAUUUACUGAAUAUGAACUUGAUUUUGUUAUUGGAGGUCAAAUAUCUAUAGACAUCUUUCCUUUAGGUUGGGAUAAAAGAUAUUGUUUAAAAUAUAUUGAGGGUGAAUUUGAAAAAAUUUACUUUUUUGGUGAUAAAACUAUGCCAGGUGGUAAUGAUUAUGCCUUAUUUAUUGAUAAUCGUACAAUUGGUCAUACUGUUAGUGGACCUGAUGAUACAGUUAAACAAGUUAAAGAUAUUAUAAAUAAUUUAAAAUAA